GGCUUGGAAUGUUGUCAGCAUAAAUAGAGGUGGGGUGGCAGUAGUGCAGUCAAUUGUAUCAUUGUUCAAUACUGGGUUGCUGUUGUUUGGAGUCUGACACCACUAGUUCAACCAAUCUUAUUCUUCAUUCUUCUGCAACUUCAUGAUUGUGAACAGCUUCCAUGUAUGAACAUUUGUUUUUCCUUGAUUCAGGGCUUGGCUGCUGAUUUAGCAGUGUUAGACUGUGGAGUCCUUGUUAGAAUAGAUUGCAUAGGCUCAAGGGUUUUUUUACUCAUCACCCACCUGCCUCAUUUUUGUUGUCUGGUGAUUUUAUUGUACUUUUCCUUCAACGCAUCAGAAGCAUAAGAGCAAUUUGUUCUAACAAUCUGCAUUACAGCAAAUCACAAUUUCAAGUUUUAGCCUCCUGCUUUGAAUUUUUAUUAGAUUGAGGAUUUUGGUGUAGAGCAGAGGUCCUUUGUCAUUUCUAAGGAAGAGGAGAAUUUUUUUUCUUCCAAUUCCUCUCCUGAUACUAAAAAUAUAGCUUUGUUUGGCCUUGUCAGUGGGUGUCAGGUGGUUAGUUCGGAUGGUUUUGAAGCUCAUGUUUGGGACAUAUACGCUUCUGAAUGAGUUAUUCACAUAAAGUACAAAAUAUAUAGAGUAGAUUCUAUCCUCAUCUAUUCUCUUGAAUGUUUCUGGGUUCAAUCUAUCUUUCAUCAAGCAUCCAAAGUUCGAAGAAGUAGAUUCUAUGCAUAGUUGUCUCUUCCAUCUCCAAAGCUGAUAGGAAUUAGAAAAAUUGAAGAUAGAAUUUAGUUUGUUAUUUUUUUAUAACUGCAGAUUUUGUUUGCUGCGUCAUGGAAGAGCAAAUUCUGGUUAACUUGGCAGCAGUUAUUAGGAAAGAUUUUUCUCAGCAAGCUCUGAAUACUAGGCCCCUGUACUCAGAUCCUAUACCUGUCGGAGGGGGGAUGAAGAAGCUAGUUGAAUCAGAUUCUAGACAAAGAACAGAGGCACCACAGAUAUCUGAACUAGCUUCUUGUUCUAAAUUCUCUCUUGUGGACUCUAGAGAGGGAGUCCCGAAUGUGAAAGCCUGCACAAAUUUGAAUGUAGACGUAGCAGAUUGUGGGUUGUGUUCUGUAAAUUCAUCAUGCAUUCCAUAUUAUUUCUCUAACUUGUUUUUAGGAAUGCUCUCAGAAGGAGACAACAAUGGUGGUGAUGAUAAUAUGUACUGGUCUUUCCCAAGUUUUCAAGGGCCAGACGACAUUACUAAUCGACAUCAGCUUGAAAAUUUCCAUGUGGGUAAUCCCAGCGAGUUUCAGUCUGUGAAUUCUUAUUGUCAACUAACUCCACCUCAGAUUGAGUUUCAGCUUCUGCAGAGACAGCAAGCUGAGAUCCAGCAGCUCCAGUGGCUGCAAUUGCAAUCUGUUGGUGCUUCAGAAUACAACCUUCAAUCUCCACAAAUGAGGAAAUUGAAAGAUUCAGUAGAUUGCCUCGGCCCCAGAUCACAGCCUAUGAAACAUGUGGCUAAGCAGAAUGCGAGACUCAAGAACAGUCAAGCCACUAAACUUUAUAGAGGAGUCAGACAGAGGCACUGGGGUAAAUGGGUUGCAGAAAUCAGAUUACCCAGAAACAGAACAAGGCUUUGGCUCGGGACUUUUGACACAGCAGAGGAAGCAGCCCUGGCCUAUGACAGGGCUGCUUAUAGGCUGAGAGGAGACUAUGCCAGGCUGAACUUUCCUGACCUAAAAUAUCAAUUGCAUAUGAAUCAUAAUUUUCAGGAUCCCAAUAAGCCAUCUUCCACCUCCUCUGUAUCCAAACUCUAUUCAAAUCCAGGUUUUAUCAGCCAUGUAGGUGGCCUAUCACCAGCUCUGCAGUCUUCAGUGGAUGCGAAGCUGCAAGCAAUCUGUGAACGGUUGUCUUCAACGACUAUGCCAUUGCAGGAAGAGAAACCGGGUCCUGCGAGCUUGGAUCAGAAGAACAGUAACACCCCAGUGGCACCACCUAUAAUGAAUCAUGACAUUAAGGUCAAAUCAGAAUGUCUUGAUUGUGAUACCCAUUACUCUGAAAGUGACAACAAUUCUGCUAUUACAGCACUCAAUUCUGCUUCUGCUUUGGCAUCACCUUGUAAAUCUGAGAUGGAUACACUCUCUAGCAUGCCUUCAUUGUCAGGCUCUGCUGUAAAGAUUGAUCUUGAUACAACAGAUACUCUUAGUAGAUUGCCUUCUCUGGACAUGGACAUGGCUUGGGAUGUGCUGCAUUAUUAUGACAUUCAUCAAUGACAAAGUAGAAACCAAGCCAAGAAGAGUACAGUUGAAGAUCAUGAAUGUAUGUUUGGAUGGAAAUUCAUCAUCGAACUAUAGAAAGAAAAUGUUGUAAAUGUUUACUUUUUGGGGGCUGUGUAGUACUAGGAUUGAUACCUAGAUAAUGUUGUAUAGUUCUCUCCUAAACAAGAUCUUCUGUGAACAUAUAACUACCUUCUGGAGUUUAUGUCAGAGCCAAUGCAAUAGGUCUAGAUGAUAAGUUCAUGUGAGUGAUCUGAUAUAGCUAGAAGUAUUUGCCUCUCGGUGGCAUAUACAUAGGUUGUAAUAAUAACCAUGGUUACAGGUUACCUGGAAGAAAAUGAUAAAAAGAAUAGUGUGUUUGAUUGCCA